GGCCACCGCCUGGGCCACCGCAGGGCCCUCUUUGAGAAGCGGAAACGGCUCAGCGACUACGCCCUCAUCUUCGGCAUGUUUGGCAUCGUCGUCAUGGUGACGGAGACCGAGCUGUCCUGGGGGGUGUACACCAAGGACUCGCUCUACUCGUUCGCCCUGAAAUGCCUCAUCAGCCUGUCCACCGCCAUCCUGCUGGGCCUCGUGGUCCUCUACCACGCCCGGGAGAUCCAGCUGUUCAUGGUGGACAACGGCGCGGAUGACUGGCGCAUCGCCAUGACCUGCGAGCGCGUCUUCCUCAUCUCGCUGGAGCUCGCCGUGUGCGCCAUCCACCCGGUGCCCGGUCACUACCGCUUCACAUGGACGGCGCGGCUGGCCUUCACGUACGCGCCGUCGGUGGCCGAGGCCGACGUGGACGUGCUGCUGUCCAUCCCGAUGUUCCUCCGCCUCUACCUGCUGGGCCGCGUGAUGCUGCUGCACAGCAAGAUCUUCACGGACGCCUCGAGCCGCAGCAUCGGGGCGCUCAACAAGAUCACCUUCAACACGCGCUUCGUCAUGAAGACGCUCAUGACCAUCUGCCCGGGCACCGUGCUGCUCGUCUUCAGCAUCUCCUCCUGGAUCAUCGCGGCCUGGACCGUGCGCGUGUGUGAGAGGGAGAACAUGUACCACGACAAGCAAGAAGUGACCAGCAACUUCCUGGGGGCCAUGUGGCUCAUCUCUAUCACCUUCCUCUCCAUUGGCUACGGUGACAUGGUGCCCCACACCUACUGCGGGAAGGGCGUGUGCCUGCUCACUGGCAUCAUGGGAGCUGGCUGCACGGCGCUCGUGGUGGCCGUGGUGGCCCGGAAGCUGGAGCUCACUAAGGCUGAAAAGCACGUGCAUAACUUCAUGAUGGACACUCAGCUCACCAAGCGGGUAAAAAAUGCCGCCGCUAACGUUCUCAGGGAGACGUGGCUCAUCUACAAACACACCAGGCUGGUGAAGAGGCCAGACCAAGCCCGGGUUCGGAAACACCAGCGUAAGUUCCUCCAAGCCAUCCAUCAGGUCUUGCUAUGUUGUCCAGCUGGCCUUGAACUCCUAGACUCAAGGGAUCCUCCUUCCUCAGUCUUCUGAGUAGAUGGGACGACAGGCUCGGGGCACAGCACUUGGCUACCAUGGGAGGGGUUUUUGUUUGUUUAUUUUGCUUUGUUUUUCUGUGGUGCUGGGGAUGGAACCCAGGGCCUCGUGCAUGCUAGACAAGUGCUCCUCAACUGAGCUCCCCCAGCCCCCCUCCCCUUUCAGUAAGGACACUGGUCACAAUGGAUUAGGGCCACCCUAAUGACCUUAUCUUUGCUGAGGACAUGUGCAAAGACCCUAUUUCCUAUUUGGUCACAUUUUAAGGUACUGGGAGUGAGGGUAGUUUUGGGGAGAACAUGGUUCACCCUAAACAGGGCAGUUCAGAGAAGCCAAGGAUACUAUUCCCAGUGCAAGGCUGUCUGGGUUUCCCGGCGGCCUCCUGCUGUUCCUGGGGCUCCCCAGCACCCAGCCCUGAACUCCGGGGCUGGGGGUGUCUUUCCAGCUCUGCUUCUCUGGACUGGGGCUCCCUGGGCAUCUCCUGCCGGGAGCCCUACGGAGGCUGAGCUUGGAAUCCUGGGGCUGGGGUGCAGGGAGGUGAGUCCUCCCUGACGUGGUGCCCUGGGCUGACCAGCACAGGAGGGACAGUGGGAACAGGAGAGCACACACAUCGGCUGCCCCCACAGGCAGCUGUCCAGGGGCCGAGGGCAUAGAGAACCAGGGGCGGUUAUGGGUUCAAAUCCAGCUGGGGUGCAUGCCGCUGGGCAGUGGCUCUGCCCCUCGGACCUCAGCUUUUCUGGGUGAAACACGAUCUGAGGGCCCGGGCCUGAUGGGAGGCACAGCAAGGCCACAUGGCCAGGACCGUGUGGACACUGCUGAGGGGAGGGACAGAGGACAGGCACCUGCCUGGGGGGCUGGCCCUGAGCCUUCAAGGCUGGGCCCCUCCUGCAGAGCAACAGCAGCCCCUCUGCCACGGGACCCCCAGCUUGGCCCCCGGUGGGGUGCGGGGCCGGGUGGGGUCGGGUGCGUGCCGCUCAGCUGGGCUGACAUUAAAACUGCCUCGUGGUUCCCUCCUGCUCUGCUGGUCC